CUUUGUUAGAACUUAGAAAUGGCUUUCUUGAACCGGCUGCUGAUGCUAAUAUUAGAGUAGAUAUGUAUAUGUCUAUAAGUUUAAGGAUCUCUUUGUAAAUACUAGAACCCUAGUCUCCCUCUCCUAGUAUAUAUGUCUGUAACUUCUCUACCAUUUGAUAUAUUGAAGAUACUCAUUCCUUAUAUGAACUUGCAGUUCUUGGUAAACCACUUGAUCAUGAAGAUCAAAUUGAGAAGAUCCUUGAAGGUCUCCCCGAUGAUUACAAACCGGUCAUUGACCAGAUUGAGAGCAAAGAUGUCUCUCCCACGAUCACCGAUGUGCAUGAGCGUCUCCGCAACCGAGAAGCUCGCCUCCUUGCCGCUGCUGCUGCUCAACCAACUCCGUUUCCUGCAUCUGCCAACAUGGUUCAACAUCGACAAUCUCGCAACGACAACAACAACAACAACAACAACAACAACCACAACAACAACAGAAACCCCAACCGGUCUUCCUCGUCUCAGCAGCGCCCAAACUAUGGUAACUGGUCGAACAACUCUUUCUCCCCUAACAACACUCGCUCCAAGCCAUACCUUGGUAAGUGUCAAAUCUGCAACACUCAAGGUCACAGUGCUCGUCGCUGUCCUCAGCUCAACUCGUUUCAAUCUUCUCCGCAACGCAACACUAGCCCAUUCACUCCAUGGCAACCUCGUGCUUACAUGGCGGUUCUCGAUAGCGGAGCAACGCAUCACAUAACUUCCGACCUCAACAGCCUCUCUUUACACCAACCGUAUAAUGGUGGUGAUGAUCUUGUCAUUGCCGAUGGCUCCACUAUGCCCAUCUCCCAUAUCGGUGAAGGAUCUCAGUACGGGGGUUCCAUUACUCCAAGGUCGGACGUCUGAUGAGUUGUAUGUGUGGCCAGUGAAGAAUCCAACUGCUGUUGCAAUGCUGUCCUCUGCUGGCCCGAAACCAAAUCUCCCCUCAUGGCACUCUCGCUUAGGCCAUCCAUCUCCUCCUAUUCUUAAUAAUGUUGUUUCAAAAUUCUCUCUUCCUGUUGCUUCUUCUACUCAAACACCUAUGUCUUGUUCUAAUUGUCUCAGUAAUAAAACUCACAAACUACCUUUUUCUCAAACUACAAUAACCUCCACUCGCCCACUUGAAUACAUAUAUUCCGAUGUUUGGACCUCUCCCGUACUCUCUCAUGACAAUUACAAAUAUUAUUUGGUUCUUGUAGACCACUUCACCAGAUACACUUGGUUGUACCCACUUAAACGGAAAUCUGAUGUCCACAAUAUCUUCACCGCUUACAAAGCCCUUGUUGAAAACCGCUUCCAAACCCGCAUUGGUACCCUCUUUACAGACAAUGGGGGCGAGUUUGUGGCCUUAUGACGGUUUCUCUCGUCUCACGGUAUCU